UUGCACAUAAAGAACACUAUGCUCUUCCCCUGGUUGGACUUAAACAUUUCUGAACAUCAGAGUUCUCUAUCAAGUAAAAGGAAGUUGGGAGGGGAAAUGCCACCUCUGUGAAAUAUCACCCGAAGAAAAACCGAGUGACUUGCCAUUAGUUUGAAGACGGCAAGAAAGGAACAUCUCAGAAGUGGAGCCUCAUACUUCGGUUUUUAAUACAAGAGGAAUUGUUCUUUGGCAAGUUGUGAAGAUAAAUCCUGUCUUUUAAUUUUAGGAGUCUGGAUACCCAGGUACUCCAACCAGCGUCUCCUCAGUGUGUUUUGCAAACAUCACAGGAGGAACCCUCUGUGCGGGGGGCAACUGAAUUGUCUUCAGCCCUGCCUGGCGUAAACUGUGAGGUGCCAGCUCUCACGAGGCUUGAAACUGUUUGCUUUUGUUUUCCAUCCUCACCAGCAGAAGCCAUGGGUCACACAAUGAAGUGGGGAACACUACUGCCCAAGCGCCCAUGCCUCUGGCUCUCUCAGCUCUUGGUCCUUGCUGGUCUUUUUCACUUCUGUUCAGGCAUCACCCCAAAGAGCGUGACCAAAAGAGUGAAAGAAACAGUAGUGCUAUCCUGUGAUUACAACACGACCACUGAAGAACUGGCAAGCCUUCGGAUCUACUGGCAAAAGGACAGUAAGAUGGUGCUGGCCAUCCUGCUUGGAAAAGUGCAGGUGUGGUCUGAAUACGAGAACCGCACCAUCACUGACAUCAACAACAACCCCCGCAUUGUGAUCCUGGCUCUGCGCCUGUCAGACAGUGGCACCUACACCUGUGUUAUUCAGAAGCCUGAUUUGAAAGGGACUUAUAAAGUGGAGCACCUGACUUCAGUGAAGUUGAUGAUCAGAGCUGACUUCCCUGUCCCUACUAUAAAUGAUCUUGGAAAUCCAUCUCCUAAUAUCAGAAGGGUAAUUUGCUCAACUUCUGGAGGUUUUCCAAGGCCUUACCUCUCCUGGUUGGAAAAUGGAGAAGAAUUAAAUGCUACCAACACAACACUGUCCCAAGAUCCUGAAACCAAGCUCUACACGAUUAGCAGUGAACUGGAUUUCAACAUGACAAGCAAUCACAGCUUCUUGUGUCUUGUCAAGUAUGGAGACUUAACAGUGUCACAGACCUUCUACUGGCAAGAAUCAAAACCGACCCCUUCUGCUAAUCAGCACCUGCCCUGGACCAUUAUUAUCCCAGUCUCAGCAUGUGGGAUUUCUGUGAUCAUUGCAGUUAUGCUAGCAUGCCUGACCUGCAGAAAUGCUGCAAGAUGCAGACGGAGAAGGAGGAAUGAGAACAUGGAAAUGCAAAGGUGGUCUGUCUCCAUAAAGUCUGUGGAAGGAUGAAACUGACCAAAACGCCUGGAGGUUCUACCUCCAUCUGAGAUUGGCCUCCUCUUGGUGCUUCUGUGAACGGCCAGGAUUAUCCCACCUUGACCUUCCUGUAUCUGUUCUCUAGGAGCCCCUUCACUCCAGUGGCUUUGCUGAAAGUGACUAGAGGAGUAUGAUGGGGACGAAGUAGUUCUGGUGACCUUGCCCAAGGAUUUGGAAACAUGGAACUCUUUAGGCCUGGAAGAGACAUUAGUGAAAACCACUUGCUAAUGACAAGGAUCUCGAAGUCCUGUGUGGUGACCUGAAUUAUAAGGGUCAGGGCCAGAACCCGGAUUCGGUGCUCUGGCUCUAGUGUCCUUUUCCUUCACGAAUCGGGCUCUGUGCUACUGAUUGGUUUGUGUGCAUAUACACACACGUAUCCAUCAAAGUGCUUCUGGAAACAGAAUUUAUUCAGUAUCAGUUAGGUCCAUCUCAAGAGACUUAGUGUGAUGAAAGAAUGGAGGAUGUCAUGCUGUCAAAAACCAAUCUAAUGUUCAUGUAUGGGAAGUCUGUUGUAAGCAGACCUAGAAGACAAUGGGAAUAGUACUGGUAUUUAGCCAGGACAUUAUUUUCACUGUGUUCUCCUUUUUGGCUUUCCCACUUCUCAACCAGGUUCAGGAGAAAGUAGAUCCAUCUAAAACUGAUUUCCUCUGACACAGAGGAUGAAUGACUUAUACAGUAAGUCCCUUACAUAUGAACCCCCAAGUUGUGACUGCUACUGCUAAGUCACUUCAGUCGUGUCUGACUCUGUGCGACCCCAAAGACGGCAGCCCACCAGGC